UCCUCUCAGCGUUACAUGAAAGCCUUCUCCGGAUGCAUACCAUCGAAACCUCUCCGGCCUUGUCUCCCUCCUACUUCCUACCGCUCCGUCGCCGCUCUCCUCCUUCCCGCCUCUUCGGUUCCGCUCCCGAACUCCUCUCCGCCGCACCCAUUGGUCGAAACCUUCGCCAGCCUAUGCCACCGAGGCGCCUUCUCCGACGCCAUCGCUGCCAUGGGUUCCCUCGAGGUUCACGGCCUUCGCGCCGACCCCAUCUCGUACUCAAACCUCAUCAAGCUCUGCAUCAGGAACAAUGCCGUCGACGAAGGCCGGCUCGUCCAUCGCCACCUCUCUUCGGACGGUGACCACCCUGAGCUGUUCCUCUCGAACACUUUGAUGAGCAUGUACACGAAAUUUGGCCUCGUAAACGAGGCACGACAGCUGUUCGAUAGAAUGGGUGAGAGAAAUGUAGUGUCCUGGACUACCAUGAUCUCCGUGAUGACGAAUCUCAAGCGGAAUGAAGAAGCCUUAAGGCUUCUGAUCUCUAUGCAAAGGGAAGGGGUGGCUCCCAAUAUGUACACUUUCUCAGCUGUUCUCCGGGCCUGCCAAACAUUGGCGUCCCUCUGGUCGGUUCAUUGUUGCAUUGUUAAGUAUGGUUUGGAAUCGGAUGUCUUCGUCAGGAGCUCUCUCAUUGAUGUCUACUCGAAAUUUGGUGAUCUGGACUACGGAUAUCGGGUUUUUAAGGAGAUGGCGACACGCGACUUGGUGGUUUGGAAUUCCAUUAUCGGUGGCUUUGCGCAGGGCGGAGAUGGAUACAAGGCUAUCAAUCUAUUUGCCCAGAUGAAGAGGGCGGGCUUCUUGGCAAACCAAGGCACAUUGGCCAGUGUUUUGAGAGCUUGCACCGGAAUGGUGCUACUCGAGAUGGGAAGGCAAGUUCAUGUCCAUGUGCUCAAGCAUGAGAGGGAUUUGAUUCUGCACAACGCACUGCUAGACAUGUAUUGCAAGUGUGGGAGCUUGGAGGACGCAGAUGCUGUGUUCCAGAGGAUGUCAGAGAGGGAUGUGAUCUCAUGGAGCACGAUGAUCUCAGGCUUGGCACAGAAUGGAAGAAGCAGUGACGCAUUGAAGCUUUUCGAGUCCAUGAAGAUUUUGGGUCCUAAACCAAACUAUAUCACCAUUGUGGGAGUUCUGUUUGCCUGUAGCCAUGCUGGUCUUGUGGAAGAUGGGUGGUACUACUUCAGGUCUAUGAAGAAACUCUUCGAUAUACAGCCAGGAAGAGAGCACUAUGGUUGCAUGGUCGAUCUACUUGGGAGAGCUGGGAAGCUCGAGGAAGCUCUCGAGUUUAUCCAGGAUAUGAAUUUUGAACCUGAUACAGUCAUCUGGAGAACACUUCUUGGAGCUUGCAGAGUUCACAAGAAUGCAAAUUUAGCAGCACAUGCAGCUAGGGAGAUUCUUAGAUUACAACCAGAUGAUGAAGGGGCAUAUAUACUCUUAUCCAACAUUUAUGCUGAUUCUCACCGAUGGAAUGAGGUGGAACAGGUGAGGAAAUCCAUGAGAGACCGUCGGGUGAGGAAGGAGCCAGGUCGCAGCUGGAUCGAAGUGGGCAAAAAGAUCCAUGUCUUCAUCGUUCUGGACAUGUCACACCCACAAGCAGAUGGCAUUGAGAAAGAAUUGAGCCGUUUGAUCAGUAGAAUUGCCAACAUAGGGUACGUGCCGGACACAGAUUUUGUGUUGCAUGAUGUAGGAAAAGAGCAGAAGGAAGAAUCACUACGGUACCACAGUGAGAAGCUAGCAAUUGCAUUUGGAGUGUUGAACUCAACCAGAAGUAAGCCGAUCAGGAUAAUGAAGAACCUAAGGAUAUGUGGUGACUGUCACACCUUUGCUAAGCUCGUUGCUAAGUCUGAGGACAUGACCAUCAUAAUAAGGGACCCUGUUCGGUUUCACCAUUUCCAGGAUGGAGCUUGCUCAUGUGGUGAUUACUGGUAAUGGUCCUAAAAGAGCAGCAGAUAAGAUUAAUACUUGGUGACUUUGUUCUGCUCAUUUGUAAUUUGCACCAAAAUAUUUCUUCAGAGUUGACUAGCUGGUGAAUGAUUGAGGUGGUCAUUAGUAACUGGGAAAGUAGUGUCAUGAUCAUGCUACUGCAAUUAGGUGAUGGAUUAUAUAGUGUAAGAUGGACGAAAUAGUCGUGCCUUUUGUCAAUUCAUCCAACAGGAGAACUUCACUAAGAUGGUGAAGCUAACAAGGGAAGCCAGAGAAUGAUUACUCCAUGGGCACCAAGUAUAUGAGUUAUCAAGGUGCUGCCCUGUGCAGAAUCAACUAUCUCCAACAUUUAGGACAAGAAAACGAGGAGCAUUAUGUUUUGUUCAUUUUGUUCUAAGGAUUCCAGCUGAAGAGAAUUCUUAUGAUUAUAAAUACAACAGAAUGUCAAUGGUACUUAGUGGAUGAGCUUUCAAGCAGAGGUUUGGCCUAAAUGUGAUGCUUCCGUGAAUGGCCCCCACGCGACGCGCCACCAACCGCGCUCUUUUGGUAAAACCACUCGGCUCAAAGUGUCGGUUCGACCCACGUAGCCAAUUAGCAAAUCGCAAUAGCACAUCACCGGUCCUUUCGCCCCACCAAAUCGGCGCCGCGUGGUCUUACGAUGAGCUGUCCUCCGGCCCACCGCGUGUGUGCCUGGUUGUUGAGACGUCAAUGAUGGAAGGGAGAGAGAGAGAGAGAGAGAGAGGCAGCACGGCCGACACUAAACCGGGCUCAAUUAUUGUCAGUUACAAUGUCCAACUCGCCCAAUUAAUUCACCACUGGGAAGAAAUAGAGGCCUCUGAUGUCACCAAUCAAGAGGAGAAGAUGCAGCAGCGACGACUCAUCUGAGCGGCUAAUGCAUGAUGCUCUUCUGGCGCCGACCUGCUCGUGACGGUGUCCGUGCGGUGCUGUCGGACAGAAGGAAGACCGAUCUAAUGGCGUACGCGUCUCUUCCUCAUCCAUCAGUGCUGUAGGUGCGCUCAAAAUCCUCACCUCACAGGCUCACAUCGCUUUCUUAGCUGUAUGCGCGGCUAAUGUUCUUUCUGGCGCAGUUGGCAGUGUCGGCGGACACCUUAAAAUAUAAAUAAAACGCCAAAACGACGCCAACUCUCC